GGGCGGCGCAGCGCAGGCCCCGGCCCGGCUCCAUAAGGCCGCGGGGCCGCCGGCCGGACCCAGCGCCCCACGGGAGGGGCGAUGUGGGCAGGGGGUGUCAUGGCCCGGGCCUGGAGCUGCUUCUGUCGCCUCCUCAUCUUCCUCAUCUUCCUCCUGCCGCCGCCGGCCGCGCCCGGGCAGCCCGCGGGUUUCCAGGAGAUUUCCCUGCUCACUUCCUACGAAGUUGUAACUCCACAGAGGUUGGGAAGAGAACGACGAGAGGCUUCCAACAGCUCCUCCAUACAGGACAAGGUGUCAUAUGCUGUUGAGAUUGAGGGAAAAGAAUACACCAUUCAUCUAGAAAAGAACAAAGAACUGCUGCCCAAAGAUUUCACAGUUUAUACCUAUGACAAGGAGGGAAAGUUGCAAUUGGAAUAUCCAGAUGUCCAGGAUCACUGCCAUUACCAGGGGUUCGUGGAGGGCACUCUGGAUUCCCUGGUGGCUGUCAGCACUUGCUCGGGGCUCAGGGGUUUGGUGACAAUAGGGAAUGUCACCUAUGGCAUUGAGCCCAUGGAUCCCUCUUCUGCCUCUAAACACAUUCUGUAUCGACUGGAUAAUGUGAAGAAAGAGCCCUCAGCAUGUGGAGUAACCACUGGAGACCAGGAAGGGGAGCAUGCAGAGGGAGAUCUCCAUCCCACUAUGACCCAGCUGCUGAGGAGAAAGAGGGCGGUCCUGCACCAGACAAGAUAUGUGGAGCUGUUCAUAGUUGUGGAUAAAGAAAAGUUUGAGGAUUUUGGGAAGAGUGAAACAGAAGUAAGAGAACAUAUGGUGCAGCUGGCAAACUUCCUUGACAGUAUGUACGUGAUGUUGAACAUCCGCAUCGUGCUGGUUGGGCUGGAGAUCUGGAAGCACGAGAACAUCAUCAGCACGGACGGGGGGGCUGGGGAUGUGCUGGCCAACUUCGUGCAGUGGCGAGAGAAGAACCUCGUGCUGCGCCGGCGGCACGACAGCGCCCAGUUUGUGCUGAAGAAGGGCUUUGGUGGCACAGCUGGAAUGGCCUAUGUGGGAACAGUGUGCUCCAAGAGCCAUGCAGGAGGCAUUAACGUGUUUGGAAGGAUCAGUAUCCAGAUGUUUGCCUCCAUCAUGGCUCACGAGCUCGGCCACAACCUGGGGAUGAACCAUGAUGAUGAAAGAGUCUGUCACUGUGGGGCAAGCAGCUGCAUUAUGAGCUCUGGAGCAUCGGGAUCCAGGAACUUCAGCAGCUGCAGUGCAGAAGACUUUGAGAAGCUGACACUCAACAAAGGUGGGAGCUGCCUGCUCAACGUGCCAAAGCCUGAUGAGACCUACAGCGUCCCCUACUGCGGGAACAAGCUGGUGGAUGCUGGGGAGGAGUGUGACUGUGGCUCACCAAAGGAAUGUGAAAGUGAUCCGUGCUGCGAGCCAGGAACUUGCAGGCUCCGAUCCGGUGCUGAAUGUGCUUAUGGUGACUGCUGCAAGAACUGCCAGCUCCUUCCUGGAGGCACAGAGUGUCGUGCCAGUACCAACGAGUGUGACCUGCCGGAGUACUGCAAUGGCACCUCCCAGUUCUGCCAGCCAGACUUCACGGUGCAGAACGGGCACCCCUGCCACAACCAGGAGGCCUACUGCUACAACGGCGUGUGCCAGUACUAUGAUGCUCAGUGCCAGGACAUCUUUGGCUCCAAAGCCAAAGCAGCCCCCAACAUUUGCUUUGCUGAAGUGAAUUCCAAGGGGGACAGAUUUGGCAACUGUGGUUUCCACGGCCAUGACUACAAGAAGUGUUCCAGCUGGAAUGCCAUGUGUGGGAAGCUGCAGUGUGAAAAUGUGAAAGCCAUGCCUGUGUUUGGAAUCAAGCCUGCUAUUAUCCAAACUCCCAUCAGAGGCACCACGUGCUGGGGGGUGGAUUUCCAGCUGGGUUCUGAUGUCCCAGACCCAGGAAUGGUGAAUGAAGGCACCAAGUGUGGUAAUGGAAAGAUCUGCAGGCACUUCCAGUGUGUGAGUGCCUCUGUCCUGAACUACGACUGUGAUGUGGAGAAGCAGUGCCAUGGGCAUGGGGUGUGCAACAACAACAGGAACUGCCACUGUGAAGCAGGCUGGGCCCCCCCUUUCUGUGACUCCAAGGGCUACGGGGGCAGCGUGGACAGUGGCCCUCCAUACAAUGACAAAGACACCUCUCUGCGCAAUGGGCUGCUGGUCUUCUUCUUCCUGGUGCUCCCCCUGCUCGUGGCUGCUGCUCUGGCCUUUGCCAAGAGGGACAGGCUGAAGAGGAGCUGCAGGAGGCUGAUGUCCCGCUGCCACUCGUCACUGCAGUCACCUCCUCCUCGGCCAGACACUGAGCCCAGGGACUACCAGCAGAGAGGCUUCUCCCGUGGCAUGCCUUAUCCUCCAAGAGCUGUGCCCAUGGACAUGCAUCCCAACACCUUUCCUGUCCCAGCUUACCCAGUUAACCAGCACCCUCAGCAGGCUUUCCACCAGCCCUACUACUCCCCGCCGCAGUACCCGCUGCAGCAGGCACCCAGGGUGCCCAGCAGGCCCCCGCCCCCGCAGCAGAAGGUUGUACCUCAGGGACCGCCUCCAGCACAGCAGAAAUGUUUACCUCAGGGACAGUACUUCCCUUCCCGACCGGCACCUCUGCCUCCCAAAUAGCUUUUGGCUCCCCGGGGCCUUUGUGCCAGCUGACCUGUUGGCUGAAAUUGCAGUUCCCCUUCUGGCAUCCCGUGGCAGUGCCGGCAGCCUCCCUCUGCAGCCUGGGCCAGGGCAAAGGAGAGAUCCCAACCAGGAAUGUAGAACUUUACACUCAGAUACCUCGACCAAAGCUCCAGGGACUGAAACACCCAGCCUGUCCCUCGCUCUGUCCAAGCUUUGCCGCUGCAGCCAGGCUGGCAGCAGGAGUGCAGCAGCCUGCAGGGAAAUGGUCCUGAAAUCCAGCACGUGGGUUUGGGUUUCCCCAUUUCUGCCACGAGCCCUGGUAAGGAAAUUUGUCCGAUUUGUUGUUGUCUCUCUGACUGUGCAGUGAGGAAUUGGAGUAACCCGUUUGCAAAGCAAGGAGAUCUGGUCAGUUAAUUUACAGUUACUCUGCAUGGACUGGAAAGUGUUUCCCAUGUACACCUUAAUGGCAUAAAUGAAAUGAGGUCUCAGAGGACUUUUUCAGGAAGAGAGAUCUAUUUUAAACAUGUUUAUGCAUGUAUAUAUGUUUAUAGAUGCAUAAUAAUGCACUUAAAUUCUUAACUCCAUGCUGACUGACACUAAGCUGUGCUGUAGGAGCACUGAGUUUAAUGCUUUUUAAUUAGAGAGUGGCUAAACGAGACUCCUGUACUAAUUCCCACUAAUACAAGGAUGGGCAGUGAAGAUAAAGGUACGAGAAGACACGGCCAUAUUCUGGUUUUAAAAAAUGGGGGGCUGUUAGGUUUUAAUUCAGGUCUAAAGACAGCAGCAGUCCCUGCAGAACACUGGGAAGUGGGAAGUGUCUCUGCUUGGACCACCAGAGCUUCUCUGAGCGCUUUAAAUGGGAACCUGGUGACUGAUGCACCCCAUCUUUUAACAGCCAAGCCCUUGUGGUGUCAGUCUGGAUGCUUCUGGGCUGCUGUGUGUCAGACUAGGCUGCCCUCUGCUCCUGCACCAUGGGCUAGACUGGAUUUUGGAGCUCCUCCUGAGCAGAGAUGCUCAGCACCCACUGUGCUAGGAGAGGGAGCUGUUGAUUCUGAUCCCGUGGUGCCGUGGGUAGAAGCUGGAUGUCGUGAUCACAAGUAGAAAUCUAUUGCACAACUUGCUAAAAGUGAGGUUCUAUUGCACAAACUUGCUACAAGUGAGAUAAGUGCUGAAGAGCGUGCUGGGCUGUUUCACUCUGUGCUCGCCACAGGCACAGCUCAAUCUGUAAAAUCCCCCUAAUAUUGCCAAAAAUAAUCUUUCUCUGUAUAUACAUACAUAAAUAUAUAUAUAGUGUGUGCAGUAAUAAAAUACUUGAACUCCUGUGGUUUCCCAUAAACUUAGAUUAAGAUUUAUAACACUAUUAAAAUCUGUAAAAUGUCACCUAGAAUUUCACCAACUGUACUGGUGGGGGGGUGUCUCCUUUUUGUUCCAAGAUAAUCAAUUACUUCCUAAUUGUGUUGCUGUGUCCCGCUCUGCCUGAGCGGGCUGUCUGUCUGUCUGUCUGUCUGUCACAAUGAGCUCUGCAGCUGGAUGCAGCCCAUCUCCAGCCCUGGUCAGAGGGUGGGGAAAGAGGAGGGGAUCCAGGGAAUGAAGUCAUCCAGAGAGAUGUAAUUAACUGUGUGUGUGAACUAAACUAUGCUGAACACGGUGCCUUCACUAGACAAAGAGAUUUUGUACUCCCGGCGUUGGAACGGGAACGUGGGGUUGGAGGGGCGAUCCCAUGGACAGGAAAUGGCUCCAGAUUUUGGUGGUGAAUACUGAAGAUGACUACUGACUUUGUUUUGUAAAAUGUGUGGAUACCUGUCCCGGGCAGGUCGGGAGCCGUGUCCACCUCUGCAGCCGGCCCCGCGCUGCUCUCUGGCCCAAGGGCUGUUCCCAACCCCUUUGUACAGACCCAACAAGCAAUAAAGAUGCCAGUUUUGUACAAAAAACUA